GCCGGGCCGCGGCCCCCGUCCCCCGCCCCGGUGUGCGGCGGCGGCGGCCUGAGGCCAAGGGGGGGCGGCGGCGGCGGCGGCGGCGGCGGCGGGGCUGGGAGCGCCCGGAGCCCCCGGGGCCGCGGCCGAACCCGGGAAGACCGACACCAACGGCUGCAGUCAGGCGUCGUGACAAGAAGCUGCUUUUCAGAGGAAGGAGCCGUGGUGCUCUGCUGGCCUGUCAGCACGAUUCUGACAACUCCAGACCCUGACUGCCCUCGCAGCUGGGAUUUUGCCAUCCCAAACCAGAUAUCUGCCACUUCCCACGUUGAAACGAGGCGGCGUGUGAAUUGCAACUGCCAGCUACGGUACCUGAGGGCAAAGACUCUUUUUUUUUUUUUCUUUUUCUUUCCCCCUCUUGUGUAGCUGGACGGUAGAGCAAACACACCGAGAUGUCUAAAAAGCAAAAUGCAAAAGAUCCGUCUGGGUUUAUUUUUGAUGUGCAGUCCAACACUGUGAUGGCCCAAGGAGGAACCUUUGAAAACAUGAAGGAGAAGAUCAGCGCAGUGCGUGCCAUAGUCCCCAACAGGAGCAACAACGAGAUCGUCCUCGUGCUGCAGCACUUUGACAACUGCGUGGACAGAACGGUGCAGGCCUUCAUGGAAGGCAAUGCCAGUGAAGUACUGAAAGAAUGGACUGUAACAGGCAAAAAAAAGAACAAGAAGAAGAAAACCAAACCGAAACUGCAAGCCGAGUCGAGCCCUGGCCUCGCAGACCCCGGGAAAUUGGUGCCCACUGAAGAGGAGCCGUCGGCGGACUCGGAGCAGGGUGGAAUUAACGGUUACCAUGUGAACGGCUGCGCCCACGACACCGAGUCUGUGGACUCGCUCAGCGAAGGUUUGGAUGCGCUUUCAAUUGAUGCCAGGGAGCUAGAGGAUUGCGAGUCUGCCGCACCAGCCAUGCCUAAUAGAACAGCAGUGCCUGAGCUAGAGAAUGGAAUAGCAGGCUUUGACACAAAAUCGCUCACCAUGCAUCCUUCCCAGAGCCCUUCAUCUCUUAGACAGCGGCCUGAGCAGAGGAGCGCUAGCAGGUCUCUGUCCAGAUCCACUGCGGGCAACUCGGCUCCCGCCUGCCUGCCAGGAGCGCGGCUGGAUGACGUUCCCAUCUCACCUGCCAACAAGAAGCUCGGUUCUAAUAUUGAAAAAUCAGUGAAGGAUCUCCAGCGCUGCACCGUUUCACUGGCUCGGUACCGGGUUGUGGUGAAAGAGGAAAUGGAUGCUUCCAUUAAGAAGAUGAAGCAGGUCUUUGCUGAACUGCAGAGCAGCCUUAUGGAUCGCGAGGUGGCGUUGCUGGCCGAAAUGGACAAAGUGAAAGCAGAAGCAAUGGAAAUCCUGGUCAGCCGACAGAGGAAGGCCGAGGCCCUGAAGAAGAUGACUGACGUGGCAGUGCGGAUGUCGGAGGAGCAGCUGGUCGAGCUCAGAGCUGACAUAAAGCACUUUGUGAGCGAGCGGAAGUACGAUGAGGAGCUGGGCAGGGUGGCGCGGUUCACGUGCGAUCUGGACGUGCUGAAGAAGAGCAUCGCCUCCUUCGGGCAAGUUUCUCACCCAAAGAACAGCUACUCCACCCGUUCCCAGUGCAGCUCUGUCACAGCCGUGUCCCUGAACAGUCCCAGCGAGACCUCCGCUCCCUCCAGCCCCGCGUGUGCCUCUGCCUCCGCCUCGAGCCUUACCGCAGCGAGCAAGAAGCCCUCGGCCCCUGCAGAGGCAGCAGUGGGGGCCACCAGCAGCCGUCCUUCCCAGCCUCCCCGAGAGGCUGCCCCGGGGAACAGGCGCCCAGGAGCCGGUUUCAGGCCCCAGGGCCAGCGUCACACCGGUUCCCCCGCCACCGGGCGACCCAGCUGGAACCGACACCGGAGCAGGCCGGGCCAGGCGCACGGCGGGCAUCAGAACCCCCCGGGGGUCCAGCCCCUGGGCAGCCCCCGCCAGCCGCAGCCCCCGGAGCCCGGCCCUGCCGCCAGCACGCACAGCCCGGGGCUGCCGCAGCGCAAGCCCCGAGCCAGCCGCCAGGAGGGAGCCAGCUCCUGAGGGCACCGCGCUCUCCCCUCCGGUCCAGCGAGGGAACAAGAGUGUAGGAAGCUCCUAGCCAGAGUUGUUAACGAAGGAAAGUUUACACUUCUCUUUUCUCAUGCCAUUGUUCAGUUGGUUUUCUUUUCCUUCUCAUCCCUUCUCCCCCCGUUGUCUGCUGUUCUCACGCCUGUGCUGCGCUGUCCCCGUGUUCAGCCCUCCCCACGCUCCCCUUUCUUUUACCUUUUCCUUUCCCCUCUGUAAAUCCCUGUGGCUCCGAUCCCACCAUUGGCAGAGGGGGGCCCCAACGCAGCCCCCAGCCCCUUUUUAUUUUUUCCUGUGCACCACCACUGGGGGCUCACCUCGGAGGAGCCCGUGGCAGCCCUGGCCUCAUGCUGGCAAUGAGGCUGAGCGCUGCGAAACGGGGGCUAGAGGUGGUUUUGGGGGAGCUGGGGGCUGCAUUUUGGGGGGGGCCUGGCAGAAAUCCAGACCUCUGCCUUCAGGGUGUGUGGGGGAGGGGGGAACACGCAGCCAAUGUUUGCACCCUUUGCUCCUCUCUUUGUUAUGUUUGGGGGAAAAUCUCUUCAUUUUAUUCACUCUCCCCUUCUCGCCUGCCCCUUCAUACUGCAGCCUCUGUCCCUAAAUUAAAUUUAUAGCAAUAUCAAUUAGCAGAGCUAAUCCUAGGCGAUACCAGGUGGGAAGCGCGCCGGGCCUCCCUUAGCCUUGUUCGAAUAAAGACGUUCACGUUCAACGCCA